AUGCUAGACUUAUUUGCCGUUACUACAAAAGGAGGCAUCGUGCUCUGGAAAACAUCAGAUUCAGCUGCUUGUCAGAAAUGCUUACAAGUAUUAUUUUAUGAAGCUUUUUUGAGCGAACGCAGAAAUGUGGAAAAUUCGUUUCAUCAAGGUCGGUUUACGAUUCAAUUCCAAGAGUCAAUUCAAAACAGCAUUGUUUUUGUGGUUGCCUUCCAGGAUGCAAAAGCUGAAGCUUUUACGCAGACACUGCUGAAUAGUAUGCAUAACGUAUUUAUUAAUCUAUUUCAAGAACAGUUACAAAAGAAAAAACUUCCUACUGAAAGCGAUAUUUUAAAUAAUUUCGUGCCGUUAUACAAUGCCAAGUUGGCUCAGUUAAGCAAGGUGUCUGAGAAAGAAAAAAAUAAUGUACAAGAAACUACUCUACUGGAGAAACCAAAAGCUCCUAGUCGCGAAAAGUCUCGAAAUAAGGCUCAUGCUUCAAGACAAGCUCCACCCACUAGCAAAAAAGGAAAGAAGGAGCUUCGAAAAUGGGAUGAUCAAUUAACGAGCGAAGAGCAAGAAGCUUUAAAUUAUUCUGGGAAAACUCCAGACGUAGCUCCUACGUCUUCUCAGCUGUCAAACGUUAUUGGCGAUACAAACUUCCAAAAAACAAAAAAAGGAGACGUCGUUAUCGGUGAUUUAGAAGCCGAUCCGAAUCAAAAUCCUUCUGCUACUUCCUCAACCGCCUUUUCAUUUUUUUCUGGACUUAUUGGAGGCAAAUACCUGAAAGAGGAUGAUCUGGAUCCUGUUUUAAAAAAAGUGCAAGAGCACCUUAUCCAAAAAAAUGUUGCCAAUUCAAUCAGCCUUGAACUUUGUAAAUCAGUAAAAAAGUCUUUGAUUGGUAAAAAAGUGGGUUCUUUCGAAUCAGUGAAGCAAACGGUUAAUGCUGCCUUCCGCGAAACGUUGACUCAAAUCCUUACGCCAAGCACAUCUUUAGAUCUUUUGCAUAGUAUUCGUGCCGUUCAAAAGAAUGAAGAUAGACCGUACACCAUUUCUUUAAUCGGUGUCAAUGGCGUGGGUAAAUCUACUACAUUAGCAAAGCUUGCUUACUGGCUCUUAUCAAACAACUUUCGAAUCUUGGUUGCUGCUUGUGAUACAUUUCGUUCUGGAGCCAUUGAACAAUUAGGAGUGCAUGUGAGAAACCUUCAAUCCUUGAAAGGAAGUUCUAUUGAAUUAUUUGCUCAGGGAUAUGGAAAAGAUUCUAGUUUUGUCGUGAAAAAUGCUGUUGAAUAUGCCAAAAAGAACAACUUUGAUGUAAUUUUAAUUGAUACCGCCGGUCGGAGACAUAAUGACCAAAGAUUAAUGGGUUCUUUGGAAAAGUUUACCAAAGCUACGAAACUUGACAAAAUUUUCCAAGUAGCUGAAGCAUUAGUCGGUACUGACUCCUUAGCCCAGGCCAAGCAUUUUCAAGCAUCCUUAUAUCACCGCCCCCUUGAUGGAUUUAUUAUAUCAAAAGUAGAUACAGUUGGAAAAUUGGUGGGUGUCAUGGUCGGUAUGGUGUACAGUGUACGAGUACCUAUUGUCUUUGUCGGCGUAGGACAGAUGUACAGCGAUCUUCGCACUUUAUCCGUUGACUGGGUGGUGGAUCAGCUCAUGAAGUAG